AUGCAGAGCCACGCAGGUGGGAGCCGGGCUCCCCUGGGCUUGCUCCUGAUCUGUCUGUGCCUGCCAGGUCUUUUUGCACGGAGCACUGGGGCACCAGAGGAGAAAGUCUCCCCACAUUCGGGACAACCUUCCUUCACCAGCCUCCUUAGCCCUGGACAGCCUCAGCCCAAGCCAGACCCUGUGAAUAAUGAGUUACCAGGAGUUCUUCCCAGGCUCAGCGAGUCUCCACAAGAUGGUGCUCUACCUGAGGGCGGCUCUGAGGUGCCCAACGGGCCUCCCUUCUGGGGGCCGCCCCCCAUGGAGUCCUGGCCCUCAGAGGACCCUCAGCAAGGGAUGGCUGCUGUUGCUGAGGACCAGUUAGAGCAAGUGCUGCCCGAAGCCCUGCCAUACCUUUCAAGAGGCGAUCGUCUGCCUGAGGCUUCCUCUGCACGGCUCAGGCAGCCUUCACCAGAGGCUUCCUACCCUCAGGACUCCGAGGCUGGACUGCAGCCUGGUUCCAGUUCACUGGAAACUGAGGCAGAAGCCUUUGCCCGGAGCCCAUUCUGGUUUCUCAUCCACAAGCUUCUGCCUGGCUCAUCUGGGAGGAUCCUAAGACCUGGAACAUCCUGGGGAAGUGGAGGGGCUGGAACUGGGUGGGGAACAAGACCCAUGCCAUAUCCUUCUGGAAUAUGGGGUAGCAAUGGUUUAGGUUCUAGGUUGGGGGGUAGUGGUCCUUACCCGGUAAGGAUCUGGGGGAGAAAUGGUUGGUACCCAUUAAGGAUCUUGGGGGGUAAUGGUCAGUACCCCCCAGUAGGGACCUGGGGCGGUUAUGGUCAGUACCCCCCAUACCCCCAAGUAGGGACAUGGGGCGGUUAUGGUCAGUACCCCCCAGUAGGGACCUGGGGCGGUUAUGGUCAGUACCCCCCAGUAGGGACCUGGGGGGCCAAUUGCCAGUAUCCAGCAGGCAGCCGGAGGCCCAAUUGUCGGUAUCCAGCAGGUAGCUGGGGAACUAAAGGUCAGAAUCGGCUUCCCCCAGGAGUCAAACGUCCUGGCUCUUCUGGGAGCACCCCCUAA